CGCGAAUACCACGGUCCCUUGCGCCGGAUAUUAAAUCCCACUGGCCAAGAAAGCCAGCUGUCUCCCAAAUCUCACCUCUCACCAGCACCGCAGAACCAUGACGCAACUAACCAUUGAGCUUGAGCAGGGCCACCUUCCAAACACGUGCCAGUACACGGCGCGUACGAGGAGAGGCGACUAUCUGGUCCAGGUGGCGUGGCCUCAGUGCUGGAACGAGAACCGCGCGCAACCAGCAGACGACGCUCCCGUCUCCACCAUCUAUCUUGUCGACGGAAAUGCCUACUUCUUCACAGCUGUCGAUUUUGCGCGACGCCUGGAGAGCGUGAGUGGCACCAGGACCGUCAUUGUCGGGGUUGGCUAUCCCGUAACGAAUUCCGUCUUCGAUCGCCGCAGAGGCUCAGAUCUCACUCCGCCGUCUGAAGACGGAAAGUAUGCAACUGUAAUUGCCAAGGAUGGAACUCCGAUGACCGGAAUCAAUUACGGAGGCGCUUCCGAUUUUCUAGACGUUAUUCUCGGCGACAUCAUGCCAUACGUUGAAGGAGCCUUGUUCCCAGAUGCUCCACUACAGACGAGUCGCAAGGCCCUCUACGGCCACUCAUACGGCGGCCUCUUCACCCUGAACGCGCUCUUCACCAAACCGACGCAUUUCGAUACCUUCAUCGCUGCCAGUCCGUCCAUUUGGUUCAACCACUGUUCCAUUGUCAAAGGCCAGGAAACCCAUUUCCGCGAGCGCAAGCAUCCCGCCAACCCAGCGCCCCGGUUGCUUGUCACCUGGGGAUCGGAGGAGCAGUUAUUGGUGCAAAAGACUGGCGAGUCGGAGGCGCAGUUCGCAAUGAGGCUGCGAUACACAAGGCCCAUGAAAAUGAAGGACAAUGCACUUGCCAUGGUAGCGCGGUUGGAAGACUGCCCGAGCAUUCGAGAUAUUUACAAGUGGGAAUUUGCGGGCGAGGACCACGGGAGUGCCGCGGCAGUCGCCCUGCAAAGAGGAGUCAUGAAGUUCUUGUUGGAGGAUGUGUAGCUUGCAUGGACAAGGCGAAAGAGUUGCAGAUGUCAAGAGUGCACUGAUCAUGAGACACUUUGUGUCUUGGGCUAGGAGGGGAGAAAAGCGAACCCGCAAGUGGACCUAACUA